AUGUACAAAGAACAAGCGGAAGAGCGAUAUGCAUCGCUCAUCGGACACGAGUCCCCCUCACAAACAUCCUGGCUUGACGCCCUUGGACUUGGAACUGGUCCAGAGGGCGAUUUCAUACCCCCUUCAAGACGCGGACUUCCACCAGACACGCACAAGUACUUCUUUGCCAUCAAUCUAUACAAUUCGUUCGAUGUCAUACCGGACUUAUUCGCAACCCUCUUUCGCGUCGCCGCUAUACUGGGUUAUCACAAUGUGUACGUGUCAAUAUACGAGAAUGGGUCCACCGAUCAGACGAAGGCGCUUUUGCGUAUCUUUGACGCGCUCUGCCGCUCCGUGGGCAUGCGCAUUACAAUCCGCACGUCGAUGCGUACAAGAGGCGCGUUUAACCACCGUAUUGAAUACCUUGCAGAAGUGCGGAAUGCAGCGUUCGUGCCGCUGCACGAGCUACGGGACGCGGAAAACGAAUAUUUCGACACAAUCAUCUUCAUGAAUGAUGUCUUACCAUGUGUAGACGACCUCCUGGAGCUCAUCUGGCAGAGCCGGAGAAACAAUGCAGGCAUCACAUGUGCGGCAGACUACAUGUACCAUGACGAACUCGGCUCGCCCGUCUUCUAUGAUAACUGGGUGGCCCGUGACAUAAACGGGACUGCGCUGGAAAAUGCGCCUUUUGAGUCGGUCUUUCAUCAUGGUGCCUCUCAAGACCGUUUCCAGCGGCAUCUUCCAAUCCAAGUGCAAUCUUGCUGGAAUGGUAUCGCUAUUCUUGAUCCUGCGCCAUUCUAUACGCCACCGCAUAUACGCUUCCGUAUGGCCCGCAUAGUCGACGGAGAGUGUUCCGCAUCUGAAUGCAGUCUUAUCUGCAACGACUAUUGGGAGUCUGGCUACGGGCGGAUUAUAAUGGUCCCCAGAGUCAAGCUAGCCUACGAUUCGAGGGUGUACAACAUCAUCCACCCGUCAAGGAGGAACCUGACUGCCAUUAGGGGUUAUGUUCGUCUAGGUGGUCUUCCAGACAACCCACGAACAGACCCCCAAGACCGGGCAUGGUUCGGGCCUCAUGACCGCCUGUUUACUGAUGAAGAGAGUCUUCCAUUGGAUUUUGUCCCAGGACCCGAAUACGUGUGGUGCUGGGGAUGGGACGGCGCAGGCGACCUCGACGGACCAGAUGUAGAUCCUAUCUGGGAGCGAAUGCCAAACAAGUCAAUGAGUUCAGACGCGGUACGGGUCCGGCACGAUCGCAACAUGCAUAUGCUAUGA